GCACGGAGAGUACCCCCCUGAUCAUGUAAGAUUCAAUGGCCACUAACAGCAGGCGCUUCGGAAUAUGGCGCAUACGCGUGAUCAUCUUUUUUCUGUGCGCAGGUGCGUGGACUGGGGGAGUGGCUGUCAAUGUGAAAGGUUUGGAAGGAGCUGAAGUGUCCUUCCAGUGCCAACACCAAUAUGCAUCUCAGUCAACUAAAUACUUGUGCAGGGCUCCGUGCAAGACCCAGCAGCACAUAGUGGCUCGAGUACAACCUGGAAAAAAAGCCACACAAGGUAAACUAUGUCUGGAGGAUGCGGGGAAUGGAGUCUUCAAUGUGACCUUUAAGCAACUCCGGCUGUCAGACUCUGGGACUUACUGGUGCGGUGUGGAAAGGCUCGGGUUGGACACCUACAUUGAAGUGAAGCUACAAGUCAAAGCUGUUGGAGUCCACCCGGCUGUUGGAGACCAUGCAACGACAUCUGUACCGAUCAGGUCUAUCACAUAUUGGACCACUUCCACCUCUGCGCAAACAACACCUGAAAUGGACCUGGGUGCAAACUGGCCUACAGCUGCUUUUUGGUAUGGUAUUACUGGGGCCGGUGCUGUGCUUUUUACCUUGGUGGUUGCUGGGACCUUCAGGAAGUGCAGAUCAAGAGUGAAACCACAAGCGUUUAUCAGCAACAGUGCAGACAAUGUCAUCGACGAAGAGGGCAUAUAUCAUAUGGCUCAGAUGAUAGAAAUGUCGUCCAGAAACUUGGGGGUUCCUACUACGAAUCCAGCUUCCACCAUCUCAGUCACUCCCGUUGUGUCCUUGGGAAAACGUUUACGUCAACACUAAAGAACCAAGAUCUAUUAAGAGAAAUCCAGCACAGACGUUCUCUGAUGGUCACCAAUCACACCUGGACUCACCAACUCAUCCCAUCUAUGCAAAUGUUAUCAAAACCAAAUAUUCUGCUGGUUCCACCUGCUCAGCUGCAA